UCAUCUUGUGUAUUCCAGUAAACCACAGUGAUAAGAUUAGAAUUUAUAGAAGGGAUACGGGUUGAGUUUUAUUUCAUUCAGUUUAUUACAUAUGAUGCCUGCAACGCGCUCUUCAUCAUCUAUCGACUCGUAUGAAAUGGUACAAAAUGGCGAAAAUAAAGCAGACGAAAAAAUACCCUGGCCGUUGUGGCAGAAAGUAACUUUGAUUAGUGGAAUUGCCUUAUUAUCUUUAUUGGUGCUUCUUUUUUUUUCGAUAUGGGUUGUAUUUCCAUUGGUCUUCAUGAACUCUAUAUCUUUGCAGAGAUUCUUCAUGUUCUUUCCUGUUCAAAAUCCAAAGCAGCCAGAAUUUGACAACCCACUAAAAUACGAUAUCAAAGGAGUUAUGAAUUUUUACAUCACUGUCAAAGAUAUAGAGAAAAGUGAAAAUAUUUCGACGUUGGUUAGUAUUGGUGCUUGGGUAAUUCUACCUGAGAGUGAUAUCAAUGAAACUAUUAUCCAAGCACACAAUAUUUCCUCGGCAAAAGAACUCUUACAAAAGACAACUUACCCGGUUCUCCUUUAUAUGCAUGGAGUUGCCUGCAAUCGAAUAUUGCCUACUAGUACUUAUGAAGUAGCUAGGAAAUAUUUCUUCAUCAUUUCACUUGAUCAUCGUGGUUAUGGAGAUUCCGGGGCUGACGUUGUACAAUCCGAGCUUGGAAUAGUCAACGACACCGCUCAGAUUUACAAAUGGAUACUUGACAACACAAAAAAUGAAGUGUACAUUUGGGGGCAUUCAUUAGGAACAGCUCUGAGCACCCAUACCGUCAAAAAAUUGAAGGAAGAGUACAACCAAGUUCCAAUGGGGCUCAUUUUAGAGUCUCCGUUCACUACUAUGAGGGAGGAAGUCGAAAACAAUAGUCUGGGAACCAUAUUCAAAUGGUUGGCCUACUUCGAAAGCACGGUACAAAGACCUUUAGAGAAAAACGGGUUUCUCUUCAGGACCACAACCAAUAUUCUGUCUGUUGAUUGUCCCAUCAUGAUCAUGCACGCCAUGGAUGACAACGUUAUACCAAUCGCCCUUGGAAGGAAGCUUUCAGAAGUAGCACGGAAUGAAAGGACAAUACCCCAGCAAGGAAAUGUGACUUACCACGAAUUUAUCAGACUUGGUUAUGCUCAUACUGGCAUUACUCGAGAUCCCAACAUACCUAAAUAUCUAGUAUCUUUCAUGGAACAGUGCAGGGAUCAAAAUAAAAUGCGCAGGUAACCAAUAACGGAGGAGACCAAAAAUGUGGAAUGUAGUCAAUAAUUGAAAGACGCAGUUUCAAAAUACCUUCGAAAAAUUUGAAAUCGCAAAUGUGAUUCUUAGCAUAAAAUACAUAUUUAUUGAUUUUUUAUUUAUUUCAAUGUAAGGGAAAGAGGGUGUUGAGGAUUCAUCAGUAAGACUACGAUGUCAAAAGAUCUCAAAUAUUCUCAAAUGUGACUUACUUGAUUUUUAGAAUUAGGAACAUUUAAUUUAUUAUUCCUUUCCUUAUUUUAUCUUUCAAUAAACGAUUCCAUUAGUGAUUA